CCAGUUUAAAUGAAUUUGACGUCUAUCAUUGUCAAUGGCUGGCAAUGAGUUAAUAGUCAAACACACAUGUACUGUACAUAGACAUAAAUGCCCAUAAUUGACAAUAACUUCACGCAUAUACUCGUACUGAUGAGCAGCAAAUUCAAUAGAAACAUCCUCGGAGCUGCGAUAGCUGAAUCGUGAUAUAGUGGGGGAUGACAAUGACACAUGAUGCAUGCGCACACAGUACAUCAGGGAAAAGCGCAAACUACACGCACAAGCAUAUAAACUGAGGGACGCGCACAGAAAUCGACGCGCGCGCACUCGCCCAGGACCAGACGAGUGAGGAGGUGGAGGAGGCAGCUAAGUGUGCCGAAGGUGACCAAAGUUACUCCAGAACGCAUCAGACUUCUCUUCUGAUUCAGAAGUGGUCUACGACGAGGAGGAGCUAGAAGCUGGUGUGGAAAAUCAGACUUUUCGGGCGCACAUACGCCGCUAUUUUGCGCUCGGGGAGGGACACUGCGCCCUUUGACGAGGAAGAGGAGGAGGAGGAAGAGCAAGAGAAAGAGGAGGCUGCACUGUGGUGUGCGCGAUGACGAGACGCUGUUGUGGACUUGCAAGGCAGCCAAGUGGACUCGAGUGGACCGCGGCAGUGAAAACACUUGCUCUGAGGUGAGUGCGUAUCUCUGCCAUUGACGGCGCGUUGGCGGGUUGAGGUGGGGGUGAGAAAUAGCGCACAUCGCGGAGCUGAGCUGCCUGUCAGAGGCGCGGGAGAAAGCCUGCUCAUCGGAGCCGAUUUAACGUGUGCUAAGUUAGGGGAUGCUUUGACAAGGAGAGCCCCAGCGGGAGCCACAAACUGAUGGGGGGAAGGUGGAAGCCAAGGCUACAUAAUGACCUGCUGAAGCAAGCAUCGGUGAAGUGCAUCGGGACAACUUGGAGAAUGAAAAAAGUGUGUGGUUCAACUCUUUUUCCGCAUGACCCACUGCUAAUGUGAGCAUCCUGGAUUGCCUUUGACUUCUAAAAAGGACCCCUGAGCCCAUCACUGGUCUUGGGACCGUCUGACCAAACUGUCGCCUUUUGGUGUUGGAGGAGUGUUUUCUGAAUUAGGCCUCUGGAUGCUUGGUGAAGAUGACUUGAGUUGGCAGGCCUAACAACCGCCUUACCCACAGAUAGAGCAAGAGAGCCUGGCAGUAAGAAAACACAGCACACAAAUGUGGUGGCCCUAAGCCAUGCUGGUGUUACUACUGGAGCCCUGCAGUAAAGACUAUCAUUAUCCCUAUCAUCAUUCGUCAAAGCUGAGGAAGAUCCCACGGCCCCAAGGAACUAGACUGUAUAUCUGAACGGCUCCAGGAAGACUGCGCAGAAUACACACUGCGACAUCCGAAGUCACUCAAACAAGACAAACUACAACUCUGCUCAACCAAUUUCUAACAGAGAAACACACAACUGCGGCAGAAGUGAACGGCACAGACUGAUCAGGAACUGGACACCAACAUGGCAACUGAAAGUAUUGCUGACCUUCGCGAUUGGCUAUUCGUGCUCCUGCUAUGCCUCACCUUACUGGCUGAGGUACUGGAACUGGCAGCAGCCGCAAUUGCUUUGGAGACUGGUGAGGGAGAUGAAGGAAUUGUUUGUCCCUCAGUGUGCCGCUGCGAUGAGGGUUUUGUCUACUGCAAUGACCGAGGACUCAGUCUAAUUCCUCCUUUACCGCUCACGGCUGCCAUCCUCUACCUGCAGAGCAACCGACUGAGUAAUGCCGGCUUGCCCCCGUCGCUCGAGCGCAGCACUUCUAUACGAGUGAUUUACCUAUAUGCCAACCAGUUGGAUGAAUUCCCUAUACAUCUUCCACCUUCAUUGCGUGAGCUCCAUUUGCAGGAUAACAACAUACGAACGUUACCACGAUCAUCUCUGGCCAAGUUACCACUGCUGGAGCGUUUACAUUUGGAUGAUAAUUCUAUAUCUACAGUUAGCAUCCAGGAGCGUGCUUUUUCUGGGACUCCACGGCUUAGACUGCUGUUUCUCUCCCGGAACCACCUGUCAAGCAUCCCUGCCGGCUUACCUGCAUCCUUGGAGGAGCUGCGAUUAGAUGACAACAGAAUCAACACUAUCCCCACACAUGCCUUCCGAGGGCUUUCCUCCCUACGACGCCUAGUCCUGGAUGGGAAUCUGCUAGCCAACACACGCAUUGCGGAUGACACCUUUUCCCGCCUUGCCAAUCUUACAGAACUGUCACUUGUCAGAAAUGCCUUGCAGUCUCCUCCUGUCAACCUACCUUCAGCUCAUCUUGUUCGGCUCCAUUUGCAGGAUAACGGGAUGACUCACAUACCGCGUGGGGCAUUGGACGGAAUGCGCCGGCUCCAGAAGCUGGACCUGUCGGGAAACAACUUGACCAGCCUUCCUCGAGGGCUUCUUAAGGACACGGAUAGUUUGGAGUUGCUGCUGCUACGAGGGAACCCCUGGUACUGCAGUUGUGGCCUCCGUUGGCUCCAUGCAUGGCUUCAUAGCUGGGGGGCUGCUGUAACAGUCAGGGGUUUGACCUGCCAGGCACCUGAGGCAGUGAAGGGUCAGUCCCUUAAAGACCUUACCUAUCUGAUGGAACAGUGUGAAGGACCACCACCUGGUGCGGCCACUGGUAUCGGGGGAAAUCCGUCAGAAAAGAACGGAGGAGGUGAUGAUAGUGUUAGAGGAGAUGGGCAAGCUGUGGUCUCAGUUCCCCACAGCAGCACCACCACUAACUCUUUGUUGGUCCCGACACAAGGUUCCCUAUUCACACUUCGAGCCAAGCGGCCAGGUCUUGUCAUGCCUCUGCCUGCUGGGGGAGAGGGACAUAUAUCUGGAGAGGCCCUAGAGCUGACUGUGAAAGCCCUCUCUUCGGACAGCGUUCUGGUCAGCUGGUUAUGCCCGCAACCGGCACCCUCAUUCCGCCUCUCGUGGCUGAGGUUGGGUACCAGUGCAGCACUAGGCUCCAUCACAGAGACUCUUGUUCCAGGAGAAAGAAGGCAGUACCAUCUUACACAACUCACGCCGCGCUCGCAUUACCUUAUUUGCCUGCUGCCAUUACGACAGGAGACCUUUCUGAGCUCGAGCAUGGGGACAGCUCGUGCUGGCAGCAUUGAAACUAAUAAUAAGGAUUCUACUCCAGCCUGUGCUCAAAUAGAAACUGGAGAGGCUGUGGUGAACUCCAGAGGGGAAGGGUCAGAUAAGGACACACAAGACUCUGAGCUAUCAGCCUUGCCACUGGCAGGGAUCAUUGGGGGUGCCACAGCAUUAGUAAGUCUACUGCUCAUUUUUGGUAUUUUUUGCUGGUAUGGACAGAGAACAAGUUACAAGUCAGGGGAGUCAAAUUCAUACACCAGGGGGCGAGGAGGGAAAAAUUAUGAUGAUUAUGUAGAGUCGGGCACCAAGAAAGACAAUUCUAUAUUAGAGAUUAGAGCUCCUCCAGCAGGGUUUCAGAUGACUACCAUGGCUCAUCAGCCCCUGCAGCCCAAACUGGAGGACGUCACCUACAUCCACACAAUUUUCCCGUCUUCUUCCUCCUCUGCUUCCCAUGCAAAUGGGACAUACCGCAGCAGCCACCGAGCCGGCAGCCUCAAUGGCACCAUCCUGAGCCAAACCAGCCACCAUCAUGUCACUUACGGUACCAACCGCGGCUACAGAGAGGGUGGCAUCCCCGACAUAGAUUAUGCCUACACGUGAUGACACAGGGCUGCACUCCCUGAGCCUUGAAUUGCCUGGCGCCAUUUCUAUGAUGACAACCCUUUGGCCACAGGCCAUUUUGUCCUUGGUUUCCAAAGUACCCUUUGUGCCUCAGCUGGUUCAAGUCUGAUAUGUUUGCUAAGUAGAAGAGACUGUUUUCAGCCAUGUUGACUGGAUAUUGCUAUUGCGUGACAGAAGUGACAGUCCUGCUAUACUGUACUCUACUACUGUAAUACAUAUUACAGUGUGCCCUUCUUUCAGUGCUAUUUAUAUAUGGUUCAAUUUUUCUCGUUUGGCUAUCUCUGUGUCUUUCAAAACUGCUGUUCUUCAUACACAGUAACUUAUUUGAGGUGGAUAUACUAGGCCUAGCUGAUGUAGGAGAUAUAUUUAUAAUACGCAGGAAAGGCAAUUAAUGUGUAUAUAGAUAGCUCCUGUAUCUUCCGACGAACUGUAUGCUCUUUGCUGUGUUGAUGACAGAAUGACAGAGAGAGAAAUUGAUGGUUGUUAUAAAUCCACAAAUGACAAUGAAUUGCGGUUGACAUGAAAAUACUUGUUUCACGCGCCCCCUCUUUUCCUCUGGAUUACUUCACCCAAUUUAAUUGUUCCUCCUUCCUGCCUCAUUGUUUUUAGCCGAGGCUCUUUCCUUUCAUUUCUCUCAUGUCUUUUGUGGUGCCGUGAGUAGAGGACGACUUUGUUCUCGCCAAAGGAGCUGACAGCAGUGAUAACAGUUCUGACAAAGACAUGAGACACAAACCGCCACAUGGGGAGACUAAUGAGCGGGGGGAGAGAAAGGGAGGCGAGAGAGUCAUUGUGAUGGAUAGAUAGAUGUUUGGAUGGAAAGAGCAAACAUGAAGAACAAAGUGAAAGCUGGUGUUUUAGGAAUAAGAUGGAAAGAAUUGUGUUGGCUUAACACAGAGUAGAAGCAGAGGGGGUACAUACUAGGAAAAUGACAGCAUAAAAGGCUCUGUAAUAAUGUAGGUGUAAUCAAAACAUGACUAGACAUCCGGAGGAAAGUGACAUGCAUUAGAACCCCAUCCCAUCAAUGUGACUUCUGCACGGCACAAAGUCAAGUUCCACGAACUACCACUUAACUCUUGUUCCUAAUACGUGAUUACAAUGGAUGUGCGAGAUAUUUUUAAGGACACAAAAUUAUAAAGUAAAAUAAACCUCAUGAAUAUAAGGAUUAUUCUUUCUCCCACUCUGAAAAGAGGGAAAAAAAAAAAAAAAUCACACUUUGGAAACAUAGCAGCUGUCUAAUUUCUAUUAUCUUCACUAAUGAUAAGAAAGAAACCAAUUCAUGCAUCUCACAUUCUUAAUUUAGUAACCUCAAUUAUCCUCAAGAGACGGGUGCAAAUAACGGAAGCAAAGUUUUAGAACCUCAUCAUUUUCUGGUAGAAAGUGAAACUGCUGGGCUCUAAUUACACCGUGCAAAAACUGACUCAUUAAAGAUAUAAUGAACUGUGUCUCUUAAACCUAAGAACGAAAUAUUGUAGAGCAUUUUUAGAUUUAUAACAAUGACUCCAAAAGAGUAUGGUAAGUGGAAAAAAAUAUUGCAUUACAGUCUAAUUAUACUGUAAUUGAAUAAAAAAGUGCAAGUCAAAUUAAUCCUUUAUAGGGCAAGUGACUUUUUUGGGUAAUUAAAAUAAAACAUAACCCCUAUAUAGACCUGGCAUCUACAUACGUGGACAUCACUUUUUGGGUUAUGUAAGCCACAAUAUUAAAAUUUGGUAAACGAGUGUGGCCUCCAUGAAACGUGAUGAGACAUGAUUUACAAGUAUAUGGACGCCUAGUCUCCAUUAAAAUCCUAUAUUUUUUCAUUAUAAAUGAUUAAUAUAUUUUUUAUGAAUAAAUAACAUUAUAAAUUAAUAAAAUCUCAAAACAGAAUUUAUAAAAUAAAAAUGAAUGAAAACAGACAUACAUGCUGGUUAUGGCUCCUAAUAACACUCAAGAAUUUGUUUUUUUCCCCCUAUAGUAUUUAACUCAUUGCCUACCAUAGACGUCCAAUUCAUUUAACCAGGUGCAUUAGCUGUGAAUGCUCAUCUUUCGGUGCAAUUGACGGCGCGAGGCGUCCAACCCAUUUUGACUGAGAGGGUCUGGCAACGCUGCCAGUAAAAGCUCACUUUGAAUGUUAUAAUAUAGGUUGCACCUAUCAAUUAUUUGAGUAGUUCAUUAAUUAACUAGUACGUUCAAAUAAUCGAGUAAGGAAAACAAAAAAAUUAAAAUACCUGAGCUGAGCCUCAAACGGUAUAAAUAAAUAAAUGAGGAUCUAAGUACAACAAAAGAACAAUUGGCUAACUUACAUAGCAAAAGUCCACUAGCUUAAAUGCUAUAAAAUGCUAACUUUUUUUUUUUUUUAAACAAUCAUCUUAACAAAUGGUUCAAACACAUAUUCCCACAAAAACAGCUAAAUAUACUUAUAAACUAAAUUA